AUGCCUGAGUCCCCAAUAUUGAAUCCAGAUGAGAAAUGUGUAGAGAACUUUUUAACACAGCUGAUGCAGAUUAAUUCAUGUACUGGGAAUGAAGAAGCACUAUCAGAUGCUUUAACUGUAUAUUUCAAAUCUACCGGAUGGCAUGUACUACGACAACCCUUAAAAAGCGAUCCUAAAAGGCACAAUUUGUUGGUUACAAGAGUUCCUUAUAAAGCGCCAGGACCUCGUUAUGUUAUGAAUACUCAUAUGGAUACUGUUCCCCCAUACAUUCCACCAGCGUGUGAUGGUACGAAGGUAACUGGUAGAGGAGCAAAUGAUGCAAAAGGGCAGUUAGCGGUUAUGGUUUUUGCUGCUCAAAAAAUAGCUGAAGAAGACCCAAAGCUUGCGGAAAACAUUGGUCUUUUGUUGGUUGUAAGCGAAGAGCUGGACCACAUUGGCAUGGUGGAAGCAAAUAAUUUGGGCUUAGUUCCAGAAUUUUUUAUGAUUGGUGAACCGACCGAAUUGAAAUUUGGUCGUUUACAGAAAGGAGCUGUAAAAGUUGUGCUGAAAGUUCAUGGAAAAGCAGCACAUUCUGGUUACCCACAUAUGGGGGAUAGUGCUAUUGAUAAGUUGUUGGAUAUUUUGCAUGAUAUUAGAAUGCACGAAUGGCCAUCAGAUGAUACAUUCGGACCAACAACCGUCAAUAUUGGCCUUAUAUCGGGCGGUGAAGCGUUGAAUGCGUUGGCUGAACAUGCUUCAGCAGCCAUUUUUUUUCGUGUAACCACAUCAACUACAGAUAUCUUAAAGCAACUAGAAACUAUUGUUAAUGAACGUGCCGAAAUUGACCAAUCAUUUGGAAAGAAUGAACCAAUACUUCUUUCAGCUCCACCACCACCUUACGACUCGGAAGUAGUGGCAUUCAACACUGAUUUACCGUACUUCAUAGCUCGCAAUAAGUUAAAAGCAGCAUAUUUGUUCGGGGCAGGUUCUAUUACGAAUGCGCAUUCAAGAGAUGAGCACGUUUUUGUAGAGGAUCUUAAAAAAGCGGUCGAAGUUCAUAUUGCUCUUUUUAAAUACACUCUUAGAACUGUAACAUAG